CACUUUCUAACCGUGACCCGCGUAUCACUUGAAUUCCUUGAAUUGACUCUUCCACAGGCAUCAAGCAACGUUUCCGCAGAAUCUUCAAAUUACGCUGCUAUGACUCCCAUAACAGACAGAGCUUCUCUUGAGGCUAUGAAACGUGCUGAUCUUCAAAAAUUAUGCAAAGAUCAUGGUCUGAGAGCCAACCUGAAGUCUGAAGCGCUCAUAGACCUAUUACUAGAUGCACAACAAGGUACCAAACAAGAGCCUGGAAAGCGAUCUGUUUCAACAAGGAUGUCCAGUCGGUCUACUCGUACGAGUUCUAUGAUUGUCCAUGAUGUCGAAGGAGAUGAAGAGGGAUCCGUUGAGGGUGCGGAGGAAGAAGAAAAAAUUCAACCAGGAGUACAAGAAGUACCUCGGUCGCCGCCGCUGCCUCGUAUACGCAAGGCGAAAGAAACUCAGUUUAGAUUGGGUGUCGGACGGCCUCUGGCUGCUGGAGGCAAAGGUGCCCGUGCGGUGACGAAAUCUGUCAGCGCCUCGAGAGCGAAGAAAGGGAAGGGAAGCAGAAGUGUUAAGCCGUCCGAGGCAACUAUUGAAGAGGAGCUAGAAUCCGAAACUAUAGAGCCACACCGUGCAGGAGAACCAGCACCCAAGCUUCCUCAAACAUCACCACCGAAUCCCCCUUCCGUGCCAGCAAUGUCAACUGAAAUCGAUACACAUGUAAUGGAAGCGUUGAAACCACUGUAUGAGCAGCUGAAGUCCCUCAAAGCUGAGCUCCAACAAAUGCAGUCUCUAAGGAAUGAGUUAAUGCAGCUUCGUAAUCAGGCUGCCGAUAUCGAUGUCUGGAAACAAAAAGUAGAUACUCUUUCCACCGAAGUGGAAGAUCUUCGCAAAAAGGCAGCGCUGGCGGACUCUCUGAAUAAUGAACUUCAACAGUUAAGGGAACUGAUCACAACACAGCGAACAUCUAGUCCAAUAUCCGAGGAAGCUGCUUCUGGUUAUCGAACUCCUAUCAUGACUCGCACGUCCAUACCCAAUGCGCUCAGUAUCCCGAGAGCUCCAGCUUUGAUGAGCGAACCUCAACCUUCAACUUCAAAUAAUGCACAUCAUUCUUCACACCCUGGUAUCGCACCGGUCAUGCUUGGUAAAAGACACCGAGAUUCUACGGGUAGCAAUGUUGCAGGUGUUGUGGAACAAGGUCAAGGGACCGGUCUUUCUGAAGAGGAUUUAGCUAAAACCGUUCUCCGUCCCAACAAGAAGCGGGUCAAACUCAGUGCUGGUCCCGAUGCUGAUGGCGAGGAUGAUUCUCUCAAAUCUCCAGAAGAGAACGGAGAAGCACCCCGUGGUUCAAGUUUUACUGUGUUCAGUGGUCCAGAACCAGACGGCUCUUAUGUCGAUCCGCCACCACCCACUACUCCGUUGCCAGCCUUCUACACCGCUUCCACACCUCCGAAUAAUAUUGCGGGUCCAUCGCGGCCUCGUGUGACCAGCACUCAGGAUGCCUCUGAGAACAUGCCACCUUUUUCAUUUUCGUUCUUACCUGUCCCUCCUACGCCCGGAGCUGGGAACCCAUAUUCUAUGCCUGGCUUCUCUUAUCCCGAACCCCCUCAAUCUCCCACGCCCGUUCGUGACAGUAAUCCCACAGGUUUCAGCAGUAGCAAUCGCAACCGCACGGACGUGUUCCAGGCGUUCGGUUUACCACCGCCCACUCGGCCACGAUCUCGCCUUGAGCCCGCACUACGUACUAGUAGCCAGGAUGCCGAGAUGGGACAAUAUCUUAAUCCCGCUGCCUUUGAUAAUCGGGAGGGCGGUGAAAGCGCUGCACAUCCUGAAGAUUCCUCUGAUGCCAUGAAACGCACGAUGUAUGGCACAGAGCUAGAAGUAGAAACGCGGUUCGGUGAUUUUGGGCUCGAAGGUGUGGCUUCAGACUAUAACUGGAGUGGUUCAUAUUGAAGGGACUCCUUCCAUUAGUCAACACAGUUGAUGGGCACUUUGAACUAUCCUAUCAAUAUCUUUCUCAACCAAUUCGAUCAUCUCUGACUUGACUUUUUUGCAUAGUUGGUCCCCCUUGUAUCAUUUCUUUCGUACUUAGUACAUGUGUCAAUAGCUCUCACCAAGUUGUAACCCCUUAUAUGUUACGUUUGUCUUCUACUGAAGUAGAUGCAUAAUCUACAUCUUUCUCGG